CGCAGGUUAAGGUACUCUCUGUGCUUAGUCAUCGGAUCGCCCGGACGCAUUUUCACCGAGCCGCGUAAGAUGAUUGGCCACCGCCGGCCCAGUCGCCUGUUAUUUCACAUGGCCUUGAUUCACACCAGCAGAGCUUCCAACCCAACUACGCCACGCCCAGCCCAAUCAAAUUGGAGGUCAGCAGCGCCCAAAAAUAUGCCAGCAAAACGAAGUGCCGCUGUCACUGCCGCCGGUCCAGAGGGUUCCUGCAAUAUCGUGGCAUUGGUCAGCCGUGGCGCAGUGAAGCAGAUGCGAUGCUGGACAUGGACGGAGUAACUCUGGCCGGGACGGACUAUGGAGCUGCAGUUAGCGCCAGAUGGAGCUCCAAGCGCCCCUGGAAACUUGAAAUCCGGUUGCAGCAGGCCAUGACAUGAUACAUAUAACACAUCGCCAAGCUCUCUGUCGUUCUCUUUUCCUCUUCAUGCUGUAAAGCA